UAUGGGGUAUAAAUAGAGCAAGACGCAGAACCAGUUGAUUUCAGUGUAUUUUUCUAGGGAUAAUUUUGCUAGUUUGUGGGGGAAAAUGGGGAGAGGGAGAGUGGAGCUGAAGAGGAUCGAGAACAAGAUCAACAGGCAGGUGACCUUUGCUAAGCGGAGGAACGGACUUUUGAAGAAAGCCUACGAGCUUUCCGUCCUUUGCGAUGCCGAGGUUGCUCUCAUCAUCUUCUCCAAUAGAGGAAAGCUGUACGAGUUUUGCAGCAGUUCAAGCAUGCUCAAGACAUUAGAGAAGUAUCAGAAAUGCAACUAUGGAGCGCCAGAUCUGACAAGCGUAUCUGCAAGGGAGGCGUUGGAGUUGAGUAGUCAGCAGGAAUACUUGAAGCUUAAAGCACGUUAUGAAUCCCUGCAGCGAACCCAAAGGCAUCUUCUGGGAGAAGAUCUUGGCCCUUUAAGCAGCAAAGAGCUAGAAUCACUAGAAAGGCAGCUGGACAUGUCACUGAAGCAGAUCAGAUCAACACGGACACAAUCCAUGCUGGAUCAGCUCACUGAUCUUCAACGUAAGGAACAUAUGCUUGAUGAAGCAAAUAAGACGCUGAGACAAAGGCUGAUGAUUGAUUUGCAGCUGGUGGAAGGAUACCACAUAAAUUCACUCCAACUGAAUCCAAAUGCCAACGAUGUUGGGUACGACCGACAACCAGCUGAAGCUCAGGGUGAUGGCUUAAUCUUUCAUUCCUUGUGUGAACCCACGUUACAAAUUGGAUAUCAGCCUGAUCAUGAUAUAGCAGUCGCCACAGGCGCUGCUGGCCCAAGCUUGAAUAACUACAUGCCAGGAUGGUUGCCAUGAUAAUAUAUAUAUGAGAGCAUGCAGCAUGCAUGGUAUGCAUUGAUUCCUUCCACAAGAAUCAGUAUAUAUAGUCAUCGUUUUAAUAUUGAUGUCGUUUGAUGAAAAUUAUGAGACAUUUGUAAUUGUACGAAAUUAUAUAGUACUAUGUUUUAGUUGUCUGCAUGUGUACCUGUAGUACUGCUCAAGCACUGCGCUUCUUAAUUUCUUUUCGUAGCUGCAUACGUUGUUUGAGCUGAAUAAUUUCAUUAUAUUGUAUGUUUGCAUGUCAAAAUUUAGAACAGUUAUAUAUAUAACUUGAAUUGAUCUUA